UUAUUGUUCAUGGAUGUAAAAACACGUUGACAACUCUAAUGAUAAGAUGGCGAGCUAGUAUGUUGAUGGUUAUUUUAAGAUUAUUUUUAAACUGAGUGUAGGAAGACUCUUUUAAUUUAAUAAACUAAUAAUUUAUUCAUGUUAUUCGAUCUUUUCAUUAAUGUGCCAUGAACCCAUUUGAUUCAACGAUCGAAUCUAUCCCAGAGAUUUCUAAGAUUUUUGAUGAAGACUGCAAUUGUACUGCUAUUGAUAAAACUAUCGGGGAAUCUUGUGGCGAAACUGAAACUCUAAGAAUUAUCAAUGAGUUUCAAAAAUUAUACGAAACUCGUAUUGAAAACGUUGAUCGAGAGUUCGAAAAUGAAUUUGAUCAAGUUUGUAUGAAAUUAGAAAUAUCAAAAGAAUGGAUAAAAAAUUUAAAAGAGCAAAAUGUUAUGCUAGUACAAGUAGUAGAGGAUUUAGAGCAAGCUGCUUGUAAUAGAGUUAAAUUAUUGGAACAAAAAUUAAAACAUUCAUCAGUGUUAGUUUCUGGGAACAUGUCAAAGUCAAUGAAUACAGAAAUGACUAUACAUACACUUUCAAAUCGUGUAAGUAUCUUAGAAAAAGAUGAAAAAUAUAUGCAACAAAAAAUAGAAUUUCUUCAAAGUGAUAUCAGAGGAUUAUUAGAACUAAUACGACGUGCAGUGCAAGAAAAUCAUUGGAAUUUAGAUGAUAUAAAAUUCUUUGAAAUUCAACCUAGCGAUAUACCUGUCCCUACUAACUAUACCUGUGAUCAGGGAGAUAUAAGUCAUAAAAAGAUGCAGUCCUUGAAAUUGCAAAUCAAACAUCUUCAAGAAAAUGAAAAAAGAAUGAUUGUAUAUCAAAAAGAGUUAGAGGAUAAAUUAAUAGAUCUUAAUGCAAAAUUGCAAACAAAAGAAGAUACCGUUAAAGCAUGUGUUUCUCAAUUUCAAAAUCUUAGUGACAAUCUUAGAAAACAUGUCAAAUUUACUGAGCAAAUUGCAUGUAGCUCAUUUAUAGUAAAUGAUCAAGAACCUGUUGAUUUUAAAACUUUUGUUGCUAUCCAGAUUAUGUUAGUGGCUGGUAUUGUGGAAAAGCUAUUCAUUGAAAAAGAUCUAGAAACAAAAAACUUGCAGGAACGCUUACGUGACGCGGAAUCUAGUUUGAUAAUAGUAACUCGUGAUAGCGAUAUAAUUUUAAAUAAUUUAAAAAUUCAGUUGAAUGAAAAGUACAAGACAAUUCAAGAAAUAGAGCAGCAAAUGGUUAAUCUACAAAAAGUUUGUGCUAUUUGCUCGAAUGAAUCAAUAGAGAAGCAAAUUGUCUUAACAGCAGAAGUGACAGAAAGAAACGAAGUAGUAACAUCUCUGCAAAAACAAGUAACCACGUUACAAGAGCAAUGUCGUUCUACAAAUAUGCAAAUUCAUUUUAAAGAAGGCAUUAUUAAAGAAAUGCGAAGAAAAUUAAGACGAGCUAAGUUUCUAUAUUCUAACUUCUUUCCUUAUACUUAUAAUCGUUAUGACAAAGUUACUAUUGACAAUCAAGAAAUGGAAUCUUUUUAUAAAUUAUGUGAGAAAAUUAUGAUACCAAAAAUGAUGUAUACAUCUGCUGAGCACAAUAAUGAUUCGUUUUUGCAAACUUACAUUAACAAUAUUUUAAAUCAUAAUAAAUUAACAAAAGAUGUAUCUAUAAUGAAAACAAAACACAAUAAUUUAAAAACAAAAAUAAUAAAUUAUCAUAAGAAUACCGAAUAUAAUAAAAUUGAUAUGUAUAAGAGUUUUCAUGAUAUUGAUAAAAAGAUCUUGAAAUAUAGCAAAAAACUACCAUCUGAUGUUAAGAGGUCAAGGAAUCCUACAAAUCAACAGAAUCAAAUUUUAUUAUAUUUGAGUAAAGUAAAAUCAUUCAUGGAACAGGAAAAGGAAGACCUUUUUAAUUUAAAGAUAGAAUUGGAAAAAACUGUAGAAAACUUGUGCGGCAAAAAAGAUAAAGAAUAUAAAACGAUUGAUAGUGAAAAUAAUGUGGAUAAUAUAAGGUAUAAAUUAGCUAAAAAUAUUGAAUAUGUGGACAAAAUAUAUUUAAAAAAGGAGGAAUCAGUUGAAAUAAUUAAUUCUUUACUUCAAAUGGAAAAUAAUCAUCUUUUUCAUGUAGAAGAUCUUAAUUGCUUACCAAGCACGGACAUUAACCGACGGAAAUUAAUGGACAUAUUCAGAGCAUGUAUUGUUGAAGCACAACUUACUAUGGAAGAUAUGAAAGAUGAAAUAAAUAUAAUUGUUUCUUCAUUUAAAUGUAGACAUCAAAAGUAUGUUGAUUUGAAUAAAGAAGUUAUGAAUGUACAAAAUCAGUUAAUAAAAAGUCGGGGGAUAAUAGCAGAAGUAAUUAAUGAAUUACAAUUACAAGGAGAAGAAAGAAUAAGACACAAUGAUAGAAUUGCUUCAAGAAAGAAUAAAUUAAAAGACAUAAAAAAUGAAAUAAAUCUGUCCCAGUCCCAAUUAUCAAUUCAUAUAAAUGAAAUGCAGACCAAUGAAAAUAUAUCUAGUUAUGCAGAAAAUGUAUCCAACUACGACCUGUUAUGUUCAGUAAUCGAAGAAAUAGAACAAACAUCAUCUAGUCUGCAAAUAUUUCAAGUUCAAGGAUGUUGCAUAGUAAAAGAGUUUGAAAAAAUAAAGAACCAAUUUUGUGAAGUAGAUUCAUCUACAAGGAAAUUACAAGAAAAAAUAGAUGAAGCAUUGACAGAACAUGACAUAGUAGAAUUGACACUUUCACAAAAAGAACAAAAAUUACAGAAGUUAGAAGAAGAAGUUGAUGUGAUUCAUUUAAAAGUAAAAAACGUGUUGGAAUCAUUUUUUUCUCCAAAAGAACAUGUAUCUGAUUAUAAUAUUAUGGAGGCUCAAUUAUAUACACAAAUUUUAAAUGAGAUACUGCAAACUAAACAAGCUGUAUAUAAAUUAAGGAAAGAAUAUGAUGAAUUAAAAUAUAAGUUGUCACAAUCAUCACUCCACCCUGAAUGUGAUAAGAAAACAUGUUCAUGGAAAUGUAGAGUAACUGACUUACAAGAUCAAGUUAAAAUACUACAGUAUGAGGCAAAGUGCAAUGAAGAAGCAAACAAUUUUUUAAGAAAUAACAUUCAAUCAAUAGAAGAGGAACUGCAUAUAACACAAGCAAAAGCAGAUAAUUAUAGACGAUCUCAUUCCAUAGAUAAUAUGAAAUUAAAGAAAAAGAUUAUAGAAUUAGAAAAUACCCUUAAAUUUCAAAAAGAAAUUGAAUGUACUCUUCAGCGACAAUUGAAUGAUAGCGAAAUUGAAUUAAAAAGAUCUAAAGAAUUAUUAAAUUCUUCUCACAAUGAACAUAGCAUGGAAGAAACUUUGUUACGGUAUGGCUGUUAUCAAUUCAGAUAUGACACAAUGACUACACCUCAGUUAUUUAAAAAACUGCAAAACACUAUAAAAUCAACAAAAACUGGCCUUCAAGAACUUAAAGCAGAAUUCAAAAAAUUGAUUUGUGAAGAUUCAUCUAAUAGCUGUUCUUCUGCAAAGUCAUUAAUGAAUUUACUAGAAAAAUUACAGAAGUAUGAAAAUGAAUUAGAUAAUUGUACCCAAGAAAUUGAAGAACUCAAGAAUACAUUGUAUUCUAAAGAUAAGCUUAUAGAAAAUAUGGAUGAAAUUAUUAAAAUCCAAAAGGAUUCCAUUGUAAUGACACAAGCUGAAUUAAAAGAACUUCACAAAAAAUUUCAAGAAAAGAUUGAUAAUCAAGAUCAAAUAAUUUCUCAAUACGAAAAGGAAAAGAAAGAAUUAUUAGAACAGAACGAGCUUCAAGUUCAAACUAUUGGUCACUUACAAAAUGCUGUAGUGGAAGCUAAAAAAUGUAUAGAUCAAAUGGGACAUAGAACAGUGAGUGAUAUGAAAAAAAUUGAAGCUAUUCGUUUACUCACAGUGUAUGCAGAAGAAACUCAAAGUCAAUAUAAUGAAUGUUUUGCAGAGGCAGCUAAACAAGAUAAAUUGUUAGAGCUACAACGAGACGCAAUUCACAAUCUUCAACAAAAAAUUAGUAGUAUGGAAUACGAUAAUAGCACUGCUAUUACUUUCAUCCAUAUCACAUAUUAUUCAAUUUUAAAAACAGUACAGGAACAACUGGAAACUCGAGUAAAUGAAAUUCAAGCUCUAAAAAAUGAGAGAGAUACUUUAAUACAAUCAAAAUGUUACUUGGAAAGUAAAUAUUUGAACACAAAAAUGUUAUGGCAAGAAGCAGAAGGAAAAUUGCUGGAAUUAAGGAAAGAAACGUUGAAGAUUGAACAUAAAACAAAGAUUACUGAAGAUAAAGGAUGUCAAUAUAAAAUAGAAGUUAAAGACAAAAACUGCACCACUCAAGACAUAUUUGAUUGGAGUGACUUAACAUAUAAUAAUACGGAACAAUGUAAAAAUUUAUCAUAUGAACAUAACUUGCAAUCAGAAAUUGAAAUUCUAAUUGGAGAAAACGAAGAUAUGAAAAGACAAUUACAAAAAUAUAAAUUAGAUUUUGACAUCAUUGACAAAGAACUGAAAACAGAAAAAGAAAGUGGUACUUAUGUUCAACAAAUUUCAUUUGAGUUACAAAAAUUAAGAGAUACAGAGUGUUGUCUACAAUAUGAAAAUGAACAACUUAAAUCUGAUUUAAAAAAGAAAACUAUCGAAAUAGAGAACUUGUUAGAAAAGUUACAGUUAUCUCAGGAAAAUAACACAAAAUUUGAGAAAUUGUUAAAGAAAUUAGAGGAUAGGCAGAUACAGAUUAAUGAUUUAUGCAGUCAGAUUGUGAAUAAUGAAAUUGUUAUAAAAAAACAAACAGAAAUCAUUGAAGAACUUGAAAAAAAGUUAGAUAUAAAAAAUAAACAAAUUAAAGCAUAUUUAUCUGAAUUAAAUGAAGCAGAAGAAGAGAUGUCAACUUUACAUGAAAGGAUACAAUCUUUGAAAACAAUGUUAAAGGAAAAAUCAGAUGAUAUGGCUAAAUUGCAGGCAGAUUAUGAAGUGAUGAAAAAUGAGAAUUCUAUAUUGAAGAUGGAGAAUAGCAAUUUUGAGGAUAAAACAAAAGAAGAUAUUUGCCAAUUAAAAGCUAUAUUGAAAGAUCUUCAAAUGCAAUUAUGCUUCUCUGAAGAUAAUUAUUGCAGAGUCACUAAAGAUUUUAAUAGAACACAAGAACAAUUAAUCAAGAUAACAAAACGAGAAGCUGAUUUACAAGAAUGUUUAACAAAUAUGGAAAUGGAUUAUUGCCUAAAACUAUCAACUAUAGAGAAAGAGAAAGCUGUACUUGGAGACUGCUUGGAUAAACUUAAAGAUGAAUUAGAAGAAAUUCAAAGAAACUAUUCAUCAAAAAAUAGUGAACAUUGCAAACUGCAAGAUAUUUGUAAGUCUUAUGCGGAACAAUUACAUAUUUUACAACAACAGAUUGAGGGAGAAAAAGAGAAAAUUAAGCAAAUGGAAGAAUCAAAUCAUUGUAUAGUGCAGCAGUUACAGGAAUAUAAGGAACAAAAUUGUAAUCUUAUUAAGGAAAAAUCCAUAAUAGAACAAAAUAAUUGUGAAAUCAUUUCAGAGUUGCAAGAGACACACAAAUCCUUGUUAGAUUUAAAAAAAGAGUGUCAGCUAAAAAAUAAAUCAUUGGCGUGCAUAUCAGCAGAAUUAACAGAAACGGCAAUGAGUAGGUCGGAACUUUGUAAUCAGUCACAAUAUGUCGUUUCUUGUAUACGUGUUUGGAUGGAAGAACAACGAGAAUAUGUAAACAAACUUAGUACGAAAUUGAAAUCCCAACAACAGGAAUUAGUACAACUUGAAUUUGAAAAGAGAGUAUUAGUAGAUGAAACAAGGAGAUUAAAACACAUUAAUCAUGCACUAAUACAAAGACUAAAGCGGAUACAUAGACAUGGUGGGAGGAAUGUUAGAAAUGUUUGUGUAGGAUGUCAAAUAUUACCAAAAAAUAUUGAUAUACAUCUUCCUACAAGCUCCAAAUAUGUAUCAUCACAGAAGAAACUAAAUCUUACAAGGACAGCACAGCGCAUGUCGGUGUGUAGUAACGGUUCGUGGUUCCCUAAAAUGAAAUAUUUAGUAAACGAGUUACGAAAAAGUAAUGUAGAAUGUAGUGAAAACUGUUUUAACAGGAUAAAUACAGAUGUAGGGGCAGAAGAAAACCACGAUUGCGGUUACCAAUCAUCUACCAGUAAAUGAACAUGUAUAGAAAGUUAUGACUACUAAAAAUGAACUAAUCAUACUUUUUAUAUAAACAAAUUGUUAAUUCAUCAGACUUUUUUAUAUUAUUUACUAUGUAAUAGAAGUUCUUCAUAUUUAUAUGCAUGAGUCAAUUUAAAAAUAUAAACCUACAUCGAGUAAAUAAUUCAUUUGUCAAUGUGUACUUUCUUUAUUAAUGUUUCAUAAUUGAAUUUUCUGGAGUACGUAAUUUUAGAGUAAAAUGAUACUUUGUAUGACACAGAAUAUGCAACAAAACAAGAUUUUUUAUGUAUGCUUUAUGAAAUAAUUUAAGUAAAAACUUGCACUCGUUUAUAGUAAAUACUUCCAGACUGUUUGGAGGAUACUAAAAAUUACAUAUUACAGACUUUUACAAACUUUCGCUUAUCUCUAAAGAUCCAUCAUUAUAUGCUAUAUAUAUAAUCUGAUAGAGAAAUAUACAAACCAAAACAACAUGUAGUAAAA